GACUUCUGGAAAUCUUCAGUCGCCUCUGCGUGCCAUCAAACGGCAAACGACGGUGUCUUCCAUCUCACCUGCCUUUUCUAACCUUCAUCCCUUCCUCCACUGGCACAGACAAUGGCAGAGACCGAAGACAAAAAGGUCAUGGAUCUCCCCAAGGGCUUUACGUCCCUGAGCGACGUCCUUGACGAGAAGGUCCAACCUCUAAGUUUGGUGAAUGUUAUUGGUCUUGUCAAGGAUUUUCGUCGUCCGACACCUACUAAGAAAAAAGACUACAUAUGUCAAAUACGUCUUGUUGACUUGUCUCUAUCGAAUGAAUCUCUGGGACGGGACGUGAACCUCGCAAUCUUCCGCCUUCUGGAUGGCAUGCCCAAUGUCAAAAGCAGCGAUGUUAUCGUUGCUCAUCAAGUAAGGGUUAAUAGGUAUCAGAGUGAUCCCUUAUCUCUGUUAGCUAAUUUCACCACAACCCUCCACAUCUAUCCAGCAACAACAAUACCCUCUCCACUUCAGCAAACGCCAGCCCCCUCAAAGCCAUCCGCCACGGACAAAAAACGAAUCCCAGCACCGGUAGAGGGGGAGUAUGUCUCUUGGCUGUUCCACAACAUCGACAAGACCGAUGUCCCAGAACCUGAAGUGUUUGAAAUUCAAGCCAAUCAAUCGCUCAAUAUAAAGCAAAAGCUGUGCGAGUUGAAAGAUGUUCGAGACGGCAAGUUCCAUGAUCUCAUCGUCCGGGUCGUCAGAGAUCCAUACGACUCCGGGGACAAGGUGACAUUGUACGUUUCGGAUUACACAGAGAAUUCUGGCUUCUUUCACUACACCAACAAACGCCUGGACACUGGUGGUGGUCGAGAUGGCGACCCAUACGGCUACACCCAUGGCAAGACUCGGAAACCCGACUCGUCUCUCCAGUGGGAAGGGCCUUUUGGCAAGCAAACCAUGCAAAUCACUUGCUGGAAUCCACAUGCCACUGUCAUCCGAGAGAGAACCAAAAAGGACGAUUGGGUUCGUUUGUCCAAUGUCCAGAUCAAAUAUGGAUCCAACGGGAAGAACCUGGAGGGAUUCCUUCGAGAAGAUGGGAACGCAUUCAAAAACAAGAUCUGUGUCGAUAAGUUAGAUGCGCCGACAGAAGGAGAGUCUAUGGAUCCCUACGUCAAAAAUGCCCUCAGAAGGAAGCGGGACUACGAGAAACAGCUCAAGGCUGAGUCCGAAGAAACGAAGCCCACAAAGGGAGCGAGUAACAAAAGGCAGUCAGCAGACCAGCCAGAGGAGAAACGUCUGAAUACCAAGCAACAGCGAGCAUUGAGACGAAGUAAAGCUGCAGAGAAGGAGAUGGAAGCCGAGAAAGGGGUGGGCGAAGACAAAGAAAUUGAAACACCGCCAGACCUCAACAGUCAAGUGGUUUGCGAGAACCACGAUGAGCCGGCCGUGGACGUGGCUGCCAUCCUCGAACCAGCCACACAGGAGUUUAUCUUCCAAAACGCGCCCCUGACCGUCAAACUUCCCUUCCACAACGCACAGUACCGGACCAAUGUUCGCGUAGUCGACUUUCACCCUCCCAGGAUACAGGAUUUCGCUUGUAUCCGCAAGCAAAGCGAAUACGACGCUCUGUCCGACUUUUCUGGUACAGACUCGGAGGAUGAUGACGAUGACGACGAAGAAGGGCAUGUGACCAUUGAUAAGUAUGUGGGCACGAGCAAGCAUACUUGGGAGUGGCGCUUUGCUCUAUGUCUCCAGGAUGCCACCGUAGCUAAGGAUCCAAAGACGCAAGGGAAGAAGACGAACAGAUUCUGGGUUGUGGUGGAUAACAUGGACGCCCAGCUCCUGACGAACCUCGACGCGUGCGACUUCCACACUAACCCGGACGUUUUGACCCAGCUGCGUGAGAAAAUGUUCAUUCUCUGGGGAGACCUCGAAGAGAAGAAGACCAAGAAAGUGGCCGAGCAAGGCAAGAAGCAAAAGGCCAACGUGGGAAAGAAGAAGAAGACCAACGACCGACCCCCUGAUUCCGAGGACGAGGACGCGGGCGCGGGCGCGGCUCCCAAGAUGGAAAAUGAGGUCAUCUCGAACCGACCCUUCACCUGCUGUAUACGCCAGUAUGGCAUCCAAGUCAAGGAGUCAGACACCGAGAAGGCAGAUGCAGGGUCAGGGAAGAAAUGGCAGCGAAUGUAUGGACUCUUCGGAACCAAAAUAUGCGGUUAAAAGCUAGUUGGCCAGGCACAGGAUUUUACAGGAGUUUGAGGCAUGGGAUUACGAAGAUUGAUGACCAGGUUGCAGAGCAGCGGCCGUCACAGGCGUAAGGA